AUGCCUUCAGCCACCAGAAAAUUUUCUGGAGGUAAUAAGAACAACCAGCACCAGGACUCCUUCACACCCCUAACACAGCUCAUCCUCAGGCAGAAGGAUGAGCUGCUACCAAGUCCACUACCCGCGGCUAUUACUCCACCCUCUACCCACGCCUCCCCCUGUACCUGCGCCUCCACGACCCCAUCCCUUACGUGCCCCCCAGUCCCCACGCCUCCCCCUGUACCUGCGCCUCCACGAUCCCAUCCCUUACGUGCCCCAGUACCCGCCUCCCCUGUACCUGCGCCUCCACGAUCCCAUCCCUACGUGCCCCACCCAGUACCCACGCCUCCCCUGUACCUGCGCCUCCACGAUCCAUCCCCUACGUGCCCCCCCAGUGCCCACGCCUCCCCUGUACCUGCGCCUCCACGAUCCCAUCCCUACGUGCCCCCCAGUGCCCACGCCUCCACCCGAUACUAUAACACCUAG